UGUAUAAAUGUAAACGUGCGUGGCUCGAUCCUCGUUGGUUAGCGACGACGGCUGUGGCUGUUGGCGAUAAUGAUGAUGGCGUGCCGUUUUUUUAUAUUUUCUUCUGUCAACGAAGUUAGCGGUUGCCUCCAAAUCUAUCUGCCAUCAUCUAUUCGCCAAUGCUGUUAAUUUUUUUUUUUAGUUCGCGACAAUACGUCACUGGCCGAAAAGUAUCAGUCAAUCGAAUAACGAACUCAUACCAUAAACCGUGAAUACGUUUUUAACAUAUUUUUAUCCAUCAAUCAAUAUCAUCAUCACCAUCAUCAUUGUCGUUGUAACUAUAAAAAUAAUCCAUUAUGAUGCAAUUGAUUAAUGACCCAUUUCGAUCAACAUUAAAUGUUCGAUCAUUAAUUUGUGACAAUAACGGUAUCAUUAUUGCCGAAACUGUUUACCGUUGUAUGUUUUGUGCAAAAAUUGUUGACACAAUGGAUCAAAUUCAAUUACAUUAUCAUUGUGAACAUUAUGAAGAGGAAAUACCAUUAAAAGAAGUCAAUAAUCAACGACAGAAAAGAAAAAAAACAAGAAAAAUUAUCGAUUAUGAUCAAGAUGAUUAUGAUUAUCCUGUAGAGAAGAUUUUUGAUGAUGUUGUUGAUGAUACAAUUGUUAAUCAAGAUUUCAAUCAAAUUGAAGAUUAUUUUGAAGAUAAUUCACAUCUUAUGUCUAUACAAUUCCAUGAGAAUCAUGAUGCUGAUGAAAGUUUUGUUUCGUCUUUAACACAAUCGGCUAAAUCUUCACCAAUACAAUCAUCGAUGCCCAAUCAAAAUCCCAAAGGUGGAACCGUUACAUGUGAAGUUUGUGGACUAACUAAAUAUUAUUCUCAUAUAUCUCGUCGUUAUGGUGUGUUUAGCUGUGAAAGUUGUGCUAAAUUUUUCUAUCGUUAUAGUCAAAAACCUGUGCAAUAUAAAUGCUUGUAUAAUGGAAAUUGUUCAUUGAAAAUUGAUUCGCCUGGUGCUCGAUGUAAAUCUUGUCUACUCAAUGCUUGUCUAAAAAAAUAUAUAUUGGAUCCGAAAAAACAUGCCAAUAUAUAUCAUAAACAUUUCAAUACUGAUGCUUCCGAAAUUCUUAUGAUGGACGAUAUCAACAAUAAUAACCCUAUUACCUCAGAAGAUCAAAUUCACAUGGAUGAAACUUUAAACACAGGUGCAUCAUUGAAUGAAAGUAUUGUGCCAAAAUCCAUAAAAACUAAUCAAGAAAUUAAACAUUCUCGAACAACGGAUUCUGGUGUAAAAAAAUCCAAAUCCAAAUUGAAUCUAUCAAAGAAAAAAUCUAAUUCUUCAUCGAAAGAUGACAAUUCGCCUGGAAUGAAUUCGAAAUUCCGUCGUAUGGCUUGUCGUGUUUGUGAAGGUUGUUUACAAGAUGAUUGUGGUACAUGUUUAUAUUGUCUGGAUAAACCUAAAUUCGGUGGCAAUGAUAUUAAGAAACAAAAAUGCCUUAAACGUCGAUGCCUUUUUCUUAAACAAUAAUCAUUAUCAAAAUAGUCUCUUUGUUUGUGAAAUCCAAAGCCAAUGCAAUGUGCCUGUAUAAAAAUUUGUUUUGAAUAUUUUGAAGCAAUAAAUUGUUAAA